AAGAACCCAAAAAUAUAAACAAUAAUUUCUGCUAGCUAAAAGCGUUUAAUUCUAUAAAGUUCAAUUAAAUGUGUGUCAUAUUAAGUUAGUUUAUUGUAAAUUACCUGGCGCGAUAGUCUUGGCGAAUUCAUCUAUCGUGCAAUUAAUGUGAAAAGUGGAAAUGGAAGGAAAAACUACGAUUCAUUCUCAAGAAAACUUGUGCGUGCGUUUGUGUGUGUGAGUGACGACAUUGACCCGCCACCGCCUAGCCUGGGCCGUAGUAGCCCACAAACCGCUUGCCGUGUCGCCCCCGCAACUAAAAUGUGCCAUGUUAUAGCUUUGUUUUUAUUAGACAAAGGGGGCCGAGCUAAUGGUUAAGAAGUAGUUAACUUAUUAGGGAAUUGACUAUCAAAAUAGAAAGAAUCAAAAGAGAAUAAAUCGAAUAUGUUUAAUCGACCAGUUGGAGGAGUUGGAUCAGGAGUGGGAGGGGGAGUGGGCACUGGAACGGGGAUGGCAUCGGCUACCGCUCCCGUUCCGACCCCUUCAAGCUCUGGUGCCGCAGCAGCAGCGACAUCUGGCCCCUCCCCUCCGCUGCCAUCGCCCGAUCUCUACCUACGGCCUUUGCCCUAUUUGGAUGCCAAAUGGUUGCGCGCCGAUCUCAUUGCUUCUCUGCGCAACUCAUCCGACUCGGCAGUAUUGUGGAAUCAUCUCAUCCAGGACUGUGAGCUGGUCUCAUCCUCGGCAGCUCCAUUAAUAAACGCUCGCGGCCAAUUGUCAUAUCUGGGUGACGAUGGCAAGCACUAUUGCGGUGCCCAGCAAUUAAAGUGUUCCUGCUGCCAGCCCGAUUACUGCGGCCCCCUCUCCGCUUGCAACUGUGAUGGAUGUCGUCCCCUGGACUCGGAUACGGCCAUCAAGAAGAUGACUUCACAGGCAGCCCAGCAGGCGGCGGCCCAUCAAAGUCAGGCCACCGAUUUGAUAUUAAGCAAUUGGCUGUGGAGCCAACCGCCGGUUCAGCAGGCCAAACAAGAUUGCCAGAGAUCCCUGAUUGGUGAACUGCAAGAUUUGGCAUUGCGAGCUGCCGGCAAUUGUCUGUCUGCACAGCAUUUACGCCAGCAGCUGUUCAUCUAUGAGCGUUACUUUGUGUCUCUGAAGAGGGCCAAGGAAUUGGUUUUGACCACAACACAAAGAAAUCCCGGUCAAACGCAAUUACCCCAGCCGGAGAUGGCCAAACCCCUGUUGGAACGGGCAGAUGCAAUAACCACGGAACCAGCUGCCCUUGGUCUUGCCCGCGUCGGAACACGAGCUGCGCUCAAUUUCAGUUUCGCCUUCUUGCGUCGAGCCUGGCGUUCUGGCGAGGAUAUGGAAAUGUGCAGUGAACUAUUAAGUGAGGCCUUGGAAUCUCUGCAAGAGUUACCCGAGGGUACACUCUUUGACGCCGCAGAAGUCUCCCCCCUGUGGCUGGAGGUCAUGGAACGAUCGAUUAAGUUUCUACGUCUUGUGGCCCUUGGAGAUCCCAUGGGUGGCCGAUGUAUGGCUCCACUUAAUGACCGGCAUACGGCUUUGUGCCUCUUGUUGGAACUUGGCGUCCAAAAGGGCACUCUGGCUGCCACCUUGGAGUGUGUGGUCUUGUUACUACUAUUGUGGGAUAAGGAUAAGACAGGCAAUGAUAAUCGUGAUAUGCCCAAGAAGACGGGUGCCCCAUUGCUUAGUAUAUUGCAGCGAUACCAGAAAAUUGCUGGAGGAGCUGGAGCAGUCACCACGCUGAACAGCGGUGUAGAUUCGGCCACUUCAGCAGCAGCUGCUGCUUCCUCUUGCAUGGGCAUGGUGAGUGCCACGGAGACUUUUUUGCGUUUCCUGAUGCUGCCCAAAAGCAGUUCCGCCAUUGUGGAUUUGCGCCGUGCCGCUGUCGUGAUCAUCUCGCAUUUGGAUCGACUGGUGCAGCCUCUAAUGCCGCGAAGUCUAUUGAGGAAUAACUUUAAUAGUGCUACCACCGCUGCCGCUGCCAACUCUCCACAGCAGCGAGUCUAUGCCUUGGGUUGGCCGUCAUUGUCCAAAGAGCAACCCGGUUUCAGUGCCGAACCAUCGACCGUGACCCCAAGUUGGUCCAGUCAGGAUCCAUUGUUGGUGGGAUCAUUGCCACUUUUGAAUUGCCGCUUUCAGGUCAAACAGAUCGCCUGCAGUGAGAGUUUGCUUCUCCUGCUCAGCCAAGAUGGUAAACUGUACAACUGUCGUUUGGGCAAACCGGAACUGGAGCCACAGCCGAUUGAAGAACUUGCCCAGGAGACAAUAUUGAGCAUAGCGGGUCAUUGUGAGGGACGUCAUUUCCUAGCCAUUGACAGCAAUCGUAAUGCCUAUUCAUGGGGAGCUGGCGAAGAUCAUCGGCUGGGCCAUGGAGAUACUCAUGCCAGGGCGGUGCCCACAAAGAUAUCCGCCUUAGAUCGUUGCGUCAAAGCUGUCUUCUGUGGCUGCUCGUACAGUGCAGCGAUCACUUGGAGUGGUAAUCUCUAUACUUGGGGACGCGGCACUUAUGGACGUUUGGGGCACGGCAAUUCGGAUGAUCAAUGUGUGCCCGCCAUUGUGAUGGCUUUAGCCGAAUAUGAGAUUAUUGAUGUGGCUCUUGGUAGUGGAGAUGCCCACUCAUUGUGCUUGACAUCGGAGGGUCUUGUCUAUGCCUGGGGUGAUGGUGACUACGGCAAGUUGGGCAACGGAAAUUGUAAUAGUAGUUUGCAGCCCAUUCUGGUGGAAACGCUGCCACGCGUACAACGUAUCUUUGCGGGAGCCCAAUCCUCCAUGGCACUGACCACAGAGGGUCACUUGUAUAGCUGGGGCAAGGCCAGCUGCUUGGGUCACCAGCAAGUGGAACGAAGUGUUCAGGGUUGUAGCGUGCCGAGAUUGGUUAGCAGUCUGCAGCACAAACGUCUGGUGGAUGUUGCUGUGGGUGUUGCUCAUUGUCUGGCCUUGACCAGCUGCGGCGAAGUCUUUGGCUGGGGUCGCAAUGAUAGCCAACAAAUAUGCCCCUCUUCGGUCUCGUGCGAGCCGCUGCUCCGUUUGCCAAUCCUGGUUGGCCUGCCGACACUGCCAGCCAGCGGAAUAGCUUGCACCGCUUCGCAGAGUCUGAUCUGGACACAGAGCUCGCAACAGGGUCUGCCUUUGCGGGCACCAUUUGUUAUUGAUUUGGGUGAGCCCACGUUUCGACUGCUAGACCAAUUGCUUAGCAUGUGCAGCAGCCAGGAUAAUCGCCAGACCCCAAAUCAGGAAUCCGAAUGCAUUGCUGUGGCCUGCCUCAAUCUUUUGCGUCUCCAACUAUUGGCGUUGAUUGGAAAUGGCCUGGAUCCGCGGCAAGUGGGUCUGGCCAGUGGUGGCAGAUUGCUGAGUAGUCUCAAAACUCGAAUUCUCACACUCGCUGGGGGCAGUCAAGUGUUGCGCACCAUCCAAGUGGCCGCCCAACAGGCUCUCCAGGAUGGUUGGAGCGUCUUGCUGCCAACGGCCGCAGAGCGUGCCCAAACUUUAACCUCUUUGUUACCCUCUGAACCGGGACAAGCUUCUUCGGCAGGGCAUCGUUUCAUGACCGAUCUCUUGGUCAGCUCUCUAAUGGCCGAGGGCGGUUUGGAAUCAGCUCUCCAGCAUGCUAUUCGCCUGGAAAGUAGCUCCUGCUCUGCCGAUUGCGGCGAUGGGAUUCAUCUGCCGCUUCUUCAGCUGAUCACACGGCUCCUGGGCAAUAAUGCAGCUCUGACCCAAACCCGUCUGUCACCAUCACUGGGAAAGGAGAAGCAAGAAGAACAGGAGCCGGGCCACUGCCAUUUGGAGCCGAGUCGAAGUCCCAGUCUUAGCCUGCUACAUCGUUUUCAGCGUCUACUGCUCGCCUACAUCCAUCAGGCUGACGCCGAGGAGGAAACCACUGGGGCAGAAGCUUUGCUUGUCCAAUAUCUUCAUAGCCUUAUUCCCGCCUGUGUGUCCACACUGCAGCAGGCCCACGAAUUGGCCUUGCAGUAUCGAGAUCAUGCUGGCGAUCACCCGGUUGGUCAUCUAAGUCGCAUACUCCAGUCGGAUAUAUCGGACGCCCUGCUCCAUGAGUUGCUGGUGGGCCUGGUGCUUCUUAAACGAGAUCGGCCCCAAUGCUUGGCCAGUCUGCGAUGGGCUAGACUCUUUUUACCCCUUCUGCGAGUCCUCGACAGGCUGAAUCGAGCUUUGGGUGAGGGAGAACUGCGCGAUGGUGAUGAUAUGGGCUGGCCAGGAAUCAUUUGCCGUGGUGGUCCGAAAAGUGGAACUCCUCCAGCGGAUCCCGAAACUUACUAUGUGCGCAAAACAGAUAUGGAGAAUUUAAUAUUAGAUGGCAAUCGUUGCAUUAUCCUGGCCGGAUAUGUUUGUGAUCUAACCAACUACAACUUGGAAGUUGCUUCGGAGAGUCUGAGAGGAGUUUUGGAAACAGGAUUAGGUAAAGAUUUGACGGCAGAGUUGAGCAAUCAAUCGCACAGAUGUUCCAUGGAAUAUAUUCUUCAGCAUCAUAAAUUAGGCAAAUAUCUAGUUCAGGCAACGAACGAUGAAAAGCCAACUGCGUCUGGUCCCAGUCGGCUAACCCAUUUCAGCUCCGAGUGUGCUUUAGCCCAAUUACUUGGUUUGGUGGCGAAUCUCAUGUGCAGUGGUCCCUCGUUGCAGCCUGCGGAGCUGCAAUGCUCCAAAUUGGACAAAUCAGCUUUACUCAGUGGCGGCCUGUUACUACUCCAGCCAACGAAUCCCUUUGAUGAGGAGAAGGGAGAGGCUCGCAGCAGUCAUAGCUGUCAUAGUACGGCGGGGAAUACACCCACGGAGUUGCCACCGCCGUUGAUUCCUCUUCAACAACAACUCGGCACGGGCAGAUCGCAGCUGCAGCAACGGAUUGAUAGCUUUAUAAGUGGCCUGGCAGAGGCUAGAUUGUCGGAACCGCCCGUGGCCGCAUGGUUGACCCUCACGGAAUGUUAUUGCAAAGCCCAUAAUCUAAUGUGGCAUCAGGAAUUUGCUACGGAACAUCCAGUACAGGAAUUGGAGCGUCUUCUCAGCGCAGUUCUAAUACGACAUCAAUGCUUGGGUGGGCUGGUCUUAAAUACCCUCGAGCGUGUGGAAACGGGCGAGAUGUUACCGCCACCUAAGCAACUGGGUGAGAUUAUUGGCUUGGUGCAUCAGACCAAAUGGUCGGUGGUGAGGACGCGGCAGCAGUUGAAUCGCAGCUACAAGGAAGUCUGUGCUCCCAUUCUGGAGCGUCUGCGGUUUCUACUCUACGAAGUGCGUCCUGCUAUAAGUCCCCAGCAACGUGGACUACGCCGCCUGCCCAUAUUACAGAGAAUGCCCCGAUUCCGUUUGCUGGUGCGGCGUCUGUUGCAGGAAUUGCGUUUAGCCCGAAAACCUGCCAAGCCCGAAGAUCUCCUAAAUGCUACUAUACAACAGCAACAAGAACAAGAAAAGAAACCUCAACCCACCAAUCCCACCACCAAGCAGGAGGAAGCCGAAGAGGAGGAGGAGACAUUGCUGCGUCGCUUGAACGAGCGACAGGUCUAUGGGGAAGGUGAACUGGAUACUGUCCUCAUGCAAGACAUUGUGGAUUUCGCCUUGCAGGAUAAUUGUGAUGUGGAGACGGCUCGUCGCGCCAUGUACUGCCAGAUGCAAAGAUUUCAACUUCGUCUUGCCGGUUUGCAGUUAGUCCAGCAGCUGCUCGAACUACAUGGCCUAUUGGAUGCGGCUCAAUAUAGUCUCCUCAAUGGCUUUUUGGGUCUACACUUGAAAUCGUCUACUGGUUCUGGCGGCUUUUUGCAUGUCCUCGAGCAACUGAAUAUGGUGAGUGCCUAUCAAAAAGCCCGUCUUCUGUUGGCCCAAGCCCGAGUUCUAGACUGGUCGGUCCGAGAACUUCGACGAUUGGUGAAUCAAGAACAGCAAGGAUCUGCGCGGGGCAAAGAUAGUUCAAAUCUCAGUACCUAUGUACUCCUGAAGCGUCUGCCAAGGGCACGAUUUCUGCUCAGCGUCUUUGGCAUGCUAGCCAAAGAAUUGGGCCCCAAUGAGCUCGGCCUGCUCAUCAAUUCCGGUUUGCUGGGAACUAUUUUGGGUCUGCUAGCCCAAACUGGUGGUGAACCGGGUGUGCCUUGUAACCAAAUGAAUGGAGAACUAAGUGUACUCUACGAGGACAGUGUGAUGAAACAGAAAUGCAGUAAAGCCCAACUAAGUGGACCGGAUUUAGCCAAACUAAUGAAAAUUGGCACAAGAAUUGUACGCGGAUCCGACUGGAAAUGGGGUGAUCAAGAUGGAAAUCCACCCGGUGAAGGACGCAUUAUCAGUGAAGUCGGCGAGGAUGGAUGGGUGCGUGUGGAAUGGUAUACCGGAGCUACCAAUUCGUAUCGAAUGGGCAAGGAGGGUCAAUAUGAUCUUCAGCUGGCUGAUAGUGCUUUAAAUGUGGCUUCGCCCACAGAACCGGAUCGCGAAGAUCUUGCUGGUACCGUGGGCGUUGGAAUGGAAUUUUCACCGACCAGUGAAUCGCAUCCAUCCAAAUUGCUGAGACAUUGUGCCAGCAAAUUGCUACAGAUCCUGGCCGUGGGCAGUGGCAUGCAUGGCGCCCAACUGGACAAGCAUGCCCUGCGUGGAGUGACUAGUAUGUUUAGAGCCAUCAUUGAUCCCAAGCCAGCAUUAGCAAAUGUGGCCCACUCUCUCAACUGGUUAAAUUUGGGCUUUAUUAGAGCCAUUGCAGGUGAUUGUCCUCGGCUCUGUUUGGAGCUGAGUACUCCCAGCUGGUUGGCACAUUAUCUCUCGUUGUUGGAACAACCGGCGGGCAGUGAACGUGGCAUCUAUCGGCAAUUGCAUUGUCUACGUCUGCUGCAAUCGAUAUUGGCCCAGUGGACUGUUGAGCAGGAGCCACGCAUGGCCCCACUUGUUCGUCAAUUGUUUGCCACUCUCGGCCGGAUUGCCCUUCAUUGUCCGGGUGACGUUACUUUGCAGCCCAGUGCAGAGGGCAAGGCCCGUGUUCUACUCACUGCCUCCCAUUCGGGAAGUGUGGCCGAGGAAUUGGUCUCGCUGCUGCGUCGCUUGCAUACUCUGCCGCAUUGGAAUUCUGUGAUCAACUCAUUCCUGGCCCAAAAGCUUUGCGUCGCUGCCGAACUGCUGGGCGAGCAGACAUCCUGCUCGAAUCCAUUGGACAGUGAGCAAAUCUUUGUGCUUGGCGUCCUAAGUGCCAUGGGUGGCUAUGACUUACGUCCACGCGUGGGACUCCAAUGCUUUCACGAGGGUAGCCACAUGAUUAUUGCCAGUUUCACCCACAAAGGCAGGUGUCUGCUCGCCCAAGCUCAAGGUGCUGCAAGUGGUGGUGGUGGUGGUGCUUUUGUUAAAGUUCCAUUGAACACAGUCAUGCCGCAAUUGGAUCACAGUGUGUUCAGUCUAAGUCGCUUGCCCAUGAAUGAAAUGCUUUUAAAUGCCUGGACCGUACUCCUCUAUGGACCCAAUGCCGAGAUGAGGGAUCUGCUACCGACCACAGGCAAUUCAGAGGGACGUUUGGAUCUCAUUCAGCUGCGCAGGCAGCAACUCCAUCUAGCUGUACUCCAUACCAACAGUGUGCUGUACAGACAUCAGGCUGCUUUGCGUAAAAUUUUGAAACAACGUGCCCCUGGCUGUUAUGUCCAGGAUGUAGACCAAACAAGUGGAGGAGGCGGCGGCGGAGGAGGAGCUGGAACAAAUGCAGAUGAGUCACAUGAGGAGCCGCAACUAUCGCCCAGCAGCAGUAGAAGCAGCAACAGCAGUCAGGAUGCUCAGCUACUGAUUCAGUGCAUCCUCCUGAGAGCCACCCAACCAUCGCCAGUCAAAGCGUGCUACAGCUAUCUGGAUCUAUCCACUGCAGCUCUGAAUUGUGUGCAAUCUCUAGCCAAUCAGGCACAUGUAGAUCUUCGCGAUGGUUCCACAGCCGAUGGAAUGAUGUUGUCCACAGCCUUGGCAAUACCGCCGCAGCCCACAAUGGUGCAUGGUGUUCCUGUUUACAAUGUGGCGGGCACUAAGCAGACGCCAUCGCAGUCGGAGCAGACUCAAGAACGUCCAAAACUAACAAGUCAACUAGCGGCCAGCGAUGCUCAAUUGAUUGGACAGAUUAUGGAAAUGGGAUUCACUAGGCGCACCGUUGAGUUGGCCCUCAAUCAGCUGUCAUUGCAAGCCGAGAUAAUGCCCACACCGGAGCAGAUAGUCCAAUGGAUACUCGAGCAUCCCGAUGUCUGUGCCAAUACUAUUGAAGAGGAUCCCACUACAACGGCCAAUGAGCCCGAGCCAGAGCCCGAUUCAGACAUUGAAUAUCCCAGUACGAAUUCGAAUUCAUCAUCCUCCUCCACGUCCACAUCGGCCUCUUCAUCCGACACAGUGGAAGGACAACCGACAGCGUCUGCCGAAGCCUCCGCCGCCACUGCAGCUGCUGCUGCUGCUGCUAUGCCCAUUAAAUUUCAAUCCCGCAAGGAUUUCCAAACGGCUGAUCAUUAUGCUCUCUACGUCCGCGGUCUGGUUCGACCGGGCAUGACUGUGCGCUGUUGCCGCGAUUUCGAAGAGAUUAAGCAAGGAGACAUGGGCACAGUGCUCAUUGUGGACACCGAAGGUCUGCAUGAUCUCAACGUGCAAGUCGAUUGGCGCAAUCAUGGCAGCACUUAUUGGGUUUGUUUUGUUCACAUCGAACUGGUUGAUGCGCCACCUGCGCGGGAUAGCCUUUCUUCUCAACUGCCACGCCCACCGCCGAUUGUGGUGGGCGCACGUGUCCGGCUGCGUUCGUCAAGCCGCUAUGGCGUGUUCAACAUGCAACUGCGCACAGCAUCCGGUGUAGUCAGUUCCGUAAGGGGCAAGCAGUUGACAGUGGAUUUCCCCGAUCUGCCUGGCUGGCAGGGUCAUAUCAAUGAAGUGGAAUUGAUUGGACCGCCACCACCGUUCCAGGUGAACGCUGCUGCCAGUGUAACAGAAGCCACGCCGAGUGAUCUCAUCGAGGAUUGGUCGCGUUGUAUACGCUCCCUUACCGUCAGCUCCAAUGAGGCGGCCGCAAAGCAUCUGCUGGACGCGACGGGCAGUCAACUUUGGCAGAGCUGCUCCAGUGGCCCGUGUCGGCAUUGGAUACGUUUGGAGCUGCAUGAUCGGAUUUUGGUGCACAGUCUGGCCAUUAAGGUCAGCCCCGAGGAUCAUUCGCAUAUGCCAUCGCUGCUCGAGAUACGUGUGGGCGAGUGUGUGGACACUCUGAAGGAGUUCACCUGGAUUCCAGUGCCAUCGGGAGCCAGCAAAGUGGUGUUGAUGCAGCAGGUGCCCACCUAUUACCCGUGGAUCGAAAUUGUCGUCAAGCAGUGCCAGAAUAAUGGCAUUCAAUGUAAGAUUCAUGGCAUUCAGUUCAUUGGCCGACGACAGCAGCCAGAUUUGCAGCAUAUCCUGGCCAAUGCACAGUUUUUGGCCUGCGAGUAUCAAGGCGGAGCAGGAGCAAAUGGUGCGGGAGCUGGAACUGCUGCUGGCUCAAGUACAUCGCUGGGUGAGUCGGUGGCUGCCGAACAGGAAUUGCCGUGCACGGUAAUGGUCUGGGGCCUAAACGACAAGGAGCAGCUGGGAGGCCUGAAAGGAUCUAAAGUGAAAGUUCCCACAUUUUCACAAACGAUAAGUCGUCUGCGUCCGAUUCACAUAUCGGGCGGAUCGAAAAGCUUGUUCAUUGUCAGUCAAGAUGGCAAAGUCUUUGCCUGUGGCGAGGGCACCAACGGACGCCUGGGUCUGGGUGUAACGCACAAUGUGCCCCUGCCCCAUCAGCUGCCCGUUUUGCAUCAAUAUGUGGUGAAGAAGGUAGCAGUUCAUUCUGGCGGCAAACAUGCCCUGGCCCUGACACUCGACGGCAAAGUAUUCUCUUGGGGCGAAGGUGAGGACGGCAAACUGGGACACGGGAAUCGCACAACAUUGGACAAACCCCGUCUCGUGGAAGCCCUGCGGGCCAAGAAGAUACGCGAUGUGGCCUGCGGUUCCUCGCACUCGGCUGCCAUCAGCAGCCAGGGUGAACUCUACACCUGGGGACUCGGCGAGUACGGCCGACUGGGGCAUGGUGACAAUGCUACACAGCUGAAACCCAAACAGGUCACAGCCCUGGCCGGACGGCGGGUCAUUCAAGUCGCCUGCGGUAGUCGAGAUGCCCAGACUCUGGCACUGACCGAAGACGGGGCCGUCUUCUCAUGGGGCGAUGGCGACUUUGGCAAAUUGGGACGCGGUGGCAGCGAGGGAUCGGCUACACCGCACGAAAUCGAACGUCUAUCCGGCAUCGGUGUCAUCCAGAUAGAGUGCGGAGCACAAUUCAGUCUCGCCCUGACGCGUGCCGGCGAAGUGUGGACAUGGGGCAAGGGAGAUUACUAUCGCUUGGGCCAUGGAGGUGACCAACAUGUGCGCAAGCCUCAGCCCAUUGGCGGAUUACGCGGACGCCGGGUCAUUCAUGUGGCUGUGGGGGCUCUCCACUGUCUGGCUGUCACGGAUGCUGGCCAAGUCUAUGCCUGGGGCGACAACGACCACGGUCAACAAGGUAGCGGCAACACGUUUGUGAACAAGAAGCCGGCCCUGGUCAUCGGAUUGGACGCUGUCUUUGUGAAUCGCGUGGCCUGCGGCAGUUCGCACUCCAUUGCCUGGGGUCUGCCCAAUGCCAGUCUGGAUGAGGAGAAGCGUGGCCCCGUCCCCUUUGGCAGCACUCGGGAUCCCCUGGGUGGCAGCAGCCUUGGCAUCUACGAGACUGAGACGAGCAGUGCCGCAGCUCAGCAGAAACAAGGCGAGGGCAAAUCCACCAUCAUGGCAAGUCUAAGUGAAUCUCUGGCCUUGGAGUCGCCGGCAGCUCGACAGGCGGCCUUGAGUCAUGUGCUGCGAGCAAUGAGCAUACUGCAGGCCCGUCAAUUGAUUGUGGCCGCUCUCACUAGUCAUAGCAAAGUUAACUAUAAGGAACGCGGCGGCGGCGGCGGCGGCGCCGUCAUUGGAGGCGUUGGGGAAGGAGGCACGGCGGGCACAGCGGCGGUAACUGGCACAGGCAUGGGCAUAGGCGAUGAGGAUCAAUUGACUGGCGUCACUUUGGCUGGAGCACCUUUGCCACCGGCUGAGCCCAUUGCUCAAGGUGGCGGCGAGGCUCCGGCCGAUGCCACCGACAUGGCCCUGCAAGAACACAGCCCAGAUAUUCCCUUGGAGAUGGUGGGAGUUGCAACUGGAGUUGGCGCUGGCUUAAGUGGAACGCUACUCAGUCUGAAUGCUGGCCCAUUGAGUGCCUUCCAGAGUCUUACGGGUUCGCUUUCCAUGUCCGGAUCGCUAUCUAGCUCGGCAUUGCAACAGCACAAACACUCGCGUAUGUCGGCCAGUGCCAUGUCCGUGAUGGCCGCCACCAUGACACAACAGGAGGAGAUGCUGGCCCAAAUAAGUCAUGCGCACGGCCUGGAUGAUUUUGGUGGCCUACUGGGUGAGCCGGAGGCCAAAAGUUUGGUGGAACUCCUCAAGCUAUCGGUUUGCGGUCGCUGUGGACCUGCCAGCACUUCGCAAACCAUAGCCGACACCUUGAUAUCGUUGGGUUCGAGUGCUCCGGCCAUUGGAGCCAUGCUACUAGAGACCUGCAUCACGGAACUCGAGGAUCUGUGCACAUCGCGGCAUUGCCUGGGCAAAUUGCCCAAACCCGUAAUGCAGGAGAGCAGUCAUCCGUAUGUGGACAAUGUGAAUGUGACGGGAGCAGUUCGUAUCCCAGGAGCCGAAAUGCUGCGCCUAGAAUUCGAUAGCCAAUGCAGCACAGAGAAGCGGAACGAUCCACUGGUCAUCAUGGAUGGAGCCGGCCGUGUCCUGGGCAUGCGUUCGGGUCGAGAAUUUGCGCAAUGGGCACCCGAAAUCCGCGUGCCCGGUGAUGAGCUGCGUUGGAAAUUCACCUCGGAUAGCUCGGUGAAUGGUUGGGGUUGGCGCUUCUGGGUACACGCCAUCAUGCCGGCAGCCACUUUGGGUGAGGGUGGAUCCGAUCGAGCUGUACUCUCGCAACCCUCCAUGGCUUUGGUGAUGGCAUUACUUGACUCCAGAUUGGCGCCCACACAGCCGGGUGUCUUGAUACGCCUGGCCUCAGCUUUGGCUGCUUGCGCCCAAUUGGGUGCAUUGACCACUGCCCAGAGGAUUUGGUCUCUGAAGAAACUGCAUGCCGUUCUCCUGCUGGAACAGGCACCGAAGCCACAAGAGCCAACACUGGCGGCCAUACUCCAGCCUCUGAUCCCGGAACUUUUGCGUCAAUAUGAAUACGAGGAGCCGCAAGUGCGUGGCGGGAUUCAUCUGAUGCAUUCGGAUUACUUCAAGACACUUGCAGCUUUGGCUUGCGAUAUGCAAUUGGAUGCCUCAUUGCCUACCACCUCGGGAUGUGGAUCUGGCUCUGGAUCGGGCGGCUCUGGCUCGGCCAGCGCUUCGGCAGUUGCGGCGGCGAUCCCCUCGUGUUCAGCUUCUGCAGCAGCUGGGACCUCCUCGUCCUCGUCCUCCACGGGUGAUGUCCACAAAUGGGCUUGGUUCAAGCGUUAUUGCAUCGCCGUACGCGUUGCCCAAUCUCUAAUACGCCGUACGGAACUGCCGCGUCCUUUCUGCCUCGAGGUUCGCAAAAAAUUCGCCGAAAUGCUGCCGAAUCCAGCUGCUGGCGGCCAAUCACCAGGAGCAUCGCUAAUGAAUUCAACCACAUCGCUUACAUCGAGCACGGCCAGCAAUGUGACGCCCCCGCAGUCGACGCCUCUCCCGCUGUCCCUGAUGCUGGCAGAGCCGGAAUUUUUGAUGAACCAGCAGCAGGAUUGUGUGUUGCUUCACGAGGAUCACACGCUGUUCCAGGGACCGCACGACGCUCAGUUGUUGCAGUGGCUAAAUCGUCGACCCGAUGACUGGGCCCUCAGCUGGGGCGGAGCAAGCACAAUUUACGGCUGGGGGCACAACCAUCGCGGACAACUCGGCGGCUUGGAGGGAAGUCGCAUCAAGACACCAACGCCAUGUGAGGCUUUGAGUUUGCUGCGUCCUGUCCAGUUGGCAGGAGGAGAGCAGUCACUAUUCGCCGUGACACCGGAUGGCAAACUAUUUGCCACUGGCUACGGCUCUGGCGGUCGUCUGGGAGUCGGCGGAAGUGAUUCGUGGGCCAUACCCACACUCCUGGGCUCCUUGCAGCAUGUUUUCGUGAAGAAGGUCGCCGUCAAUUCGGGCGGCAAGCACUGCUUGGCCCUGACCACCGAGGGCGAGGUUUAUGCCUGGGGCGAGGGCGAGGACGGCAAACUGGGACACGGGAAUCGCAUGAGCUACGAUCGGCCGAAGCUGGUGGAACAUCUGAAUGGCAUGAGUGUGGCGGAUAUUGCCUGUGGCAGUGCCCAUUCGGCGGCCAUCACAUCCAGUGGACAUGUCCUGACGUGGGGCAAGGGCCGCUAUGGUCGACUGGGACAUGGCGACUCGGAGGAUCAGCUGAGACCCAAGCUAGUGGAAGCCCUACUCGGUUACCGAGCCAUCGAUAUUGCCUGCGGCUCUGGCGAUGCCCAGACCUUGUGUAUAACCGACGAUGACAAUGUCUGGAGCUGGGGCGACGGCGACUAUGGCAAGUUGGGACGCGGCGGAAGUGAUGGCUGCAAGUUGCCCUACAAGAUCGAGAGUCUGGCGGGCCUGGGUGUCAUCAAAGUGGAAUGCGGUUCGCAGUUCUCGGUCGCCUUGACCAAAUCCGGGGCCGUCUAUACCUGGGGCAAGGGCGACUUUCAUCGUCUGGGCCAUGGAUCGGUGGAUCAUGUGCGACGGCCCAAGAAGGUGGCAGCUCUGCAGGGCAAAAAGAUUAUCUCGAUAGCCACCGGCUCGUUGCAUUGUGUGGCCUGCAGCGAUGCUGGCGAGGUGUACACUUGGGGCGACAACGAUGAGGGCCAACUGGGCGAUGGCACGGUAACUGCCAUACAAAGACCCCGCUUGGUGGCCGCUCUCCAGGGCAAACAUAUUGUGAAAGUGACCUGUGGCUCCGCCCACACACUGGCCCUGUCCACAUCCCAGUUGAGUGAACGUCUGCGUCCGUUGCCCAAUCCGCCGCUGGAAUACGAUCUGGUACGUGAUCUUGCCCCGGAGGCGCUUCAUGCCCGUCUCAUACUGCUGCAUCACUUCUCGGAGCUGCUGUGCCCCUGCCUGGCCAUGUUGCCCAUUUCGGGAGAUUUGAGCUUGGGCGCCCUCAAGGAUGUGCUUGUCUACAAUAUCAAAGAGGCCGCCUUUCGCAAAGUCAUCCAGACAACGAUGGUGAGGGAUAAGCAGCAUGGUCCUGUCAUCGAAUUGAAUCGCAUUCAGGUGAAGCGUUCGCGUAGUCGUUGCAAUGGACUCGCCGGAGUGGAUGGCAUGAAGAGUGUCUUUGGCCAGAUGGUACAGAAGCUGCCGCUGCUCACCCAGGAGGCCCUGGCCCUGCCGCAUCGCGUGUGGAAGGUGAAGUUCGUUGGCGAGAGUGUGGACGAUUGUGGCGGUGGUUACAGCGAGUCAAUUGCCGAGAUGUGUGAUGAGCUUCAGAAUGGCAGUGUUCCCCUUUUGAUAAAUACCCCCAAUGGACGCGGCGAGGCGGGCGCCAAUAGAGAUUGCUUCCUAUUGGAUCCAACACUCGGUUCGGUGCUUCAGAUGAACAUGUUCCGUUUCUUGGGCGUCCUCAUGGGUAUUGCAGUGCGAACGGGUUCACCAUUGAGUCUCAACUUGGCGGAGCCAGUGUGGCGGCAACUCACCGGGGAGACCCUACGUCCAACGGAUCUCACAGAAGUUGAUCGUGAUUAUGUGGCGGGCUUGCUCUGCAUUCGCAAUAUGUAUGAUGACACGAAGCUAUUCAACACUUUGGAGCUGCCGUUUUCCACUUCGUCGGCCCGCGGGCAUGAGGUGCCUCUGUCCACGCGAUACACGCAUAUUUCGGCACGGAAUCGUGCAGAGUAUGUGCGCCUAGCAUUGGGUUUCCGUCUCCAUGAGUUCGACGAGCAGGUAAAGGCUGUCCGUGAUGGUAUGUCCAAGGUGAUACCAGUGCCUUUGCUCUCCCUCUUCUCGGCGGCCGAGCUGCAAGCCAUGGUCUGUGGCUCGCCCGAUAUACCCUUGGGUCUCCUGAAAUCUGUGGCCACCUACAAAGGCUUUGAUCCCAGUUCGGCUCUGGUCAGUUGGUUCUGGGACGUAAUGGAAGAGUUUACCAAUCAGGAACGUUCACUCUUUCUGCGCUUUGUAUGGGGACGCACUCGUCUGCCACGAACCAUAGCAGAUUUUCGUGGUCGUGACUUUGUGCUGCAAGUGCUGGAAAAGAAUCCGCCAGAUCAUUUUCUACCCGAGAGUUAUACCUGUUUCUUUUUGCUUAAAAUGCCGCGUUACUCCUGCAAAGCCGUACUUUUGGAGAAGCUCAAGUAUGCCAUACAUUUCUGCAAAAGCAUUGAUACGGACGAGUAUGCUCGUGUGGCCAUGGGCGAACCCACCGAGGCAACAGGCAGUGAGGACAAUAGCGAUCUAGAGUCAGUUGCCAGUCAUGAAGGCUAAAAAACCAAGAAGAAACACACACACACACUAGGAAGAAAGGAAAGACAUAUAGAAAGCUAUAGAGUCUAUGAAUCGUCUUAAUCUCUAUGAAUCUCACCACCAAGUUAAUUGAUCCUCAUCAUUUUAUGCUAUAUAAAAA